CGAGAAAAGCCCCUUUCGUUGUCGAUCCAUCGAAUCUGUCCUUGUUGGCCUAUAAAGUAACAACCACCGAGGCCUCCGCAAAAUUUCAGAUCGUCGCCUGAGAUUUGAUUUCAAAUCUCUCUCUUGCUCUCUUGUUCAAACAAGACGGCUGAUUCUAUUUCGAACUUACGAUUUUUGCUCAAAAAUGGCUAUGUCGACCUCUGCUUCUAGGGUUUCCCUUUCUUUUGAAUGCCGAACGGAUGCCAAUUUCUCCGGCGGUAUCCCUCGCAUCGAUGGCGCACGGUUCUCUUCCAAGCUAGGUGGGGCGUCUGGUAAAGGAACGUUUGGUAUGUCUUCAUUGAUUCUGAGGUUCCCACCCAACUUUGUUAGGCAGCUCAGCAAUAAGGCUCGGAGGAACUGUAGUAACAUCGGCGUUGCUCAGAUUGUUGCCGCUUCAUGGUCUAACAACCAGCCUCCUUCUUCGGCGGCGGGGGCUAAGGCCGUCGACGCCGCCGCCUCCUCCGCCGUCUCCACUCCGUUCGUCGUGGGUGAAGAUGUUGUUGAUAAUAAUGAUAUGGAUAUAGGUUCUUGUAAUGGUAGCCCUUUUGUACAGUUUCAGGCUUUGGAAAGUUUUCAUAAGCCUUCGUUUUUGAAAUCCGAUGAUAGCGUUGCAAUUCAUGCUGGUGAAAGAUUGGGUCGCGGCAUUGUUACUGAUGCAAUAACUACACCUGUCGUCAAUACAUCUGCCUACUUCUUUAAAAAAACUUCUGAACUCAUUGAUUUCAAGGAAAAAAGACACGUUAGCUUUGAGUAUGGGAGAUAUGGGAAUCCUACUACUGUGGUUGCUGAGGAAAAGAUAAGUGCGCUUGAGGGAGCUGAGUCAACUCUGAUACUUGCCUCGGGGAUGUGUGCUAGCACUGUGAUGAUGUUAGCCCUAGUUCCAGCUGGUGGACAUAUAAUCACCACCACUGAUUGCUACAGGAAAACAAGGAUUUUCAUUGAGACAUUUCUUCCCAAAAUGGGAAUCACGGCAACAGUUCUUGACCCUGCAGAUUAUGCAGGCCUUGAAGCUGCAUUAGACAACCACAAAGUUAGUCUUUACUUCACAGAAUCACCCACAAAUCCAUUCCUAAGAUGUGUUGACAUUGAGUUAGUUUCAAAGAUUUGUCAUGCAAAAGGAGCAAUUGUUUGCAUUGAUGGAACAUUUGCAACACCUCUCAAUCAAAAGGCUCUUGCCCUUGGUGCAGAUAUUGUUCUACACUCAGCAACCAAAUACAUUGGUGGACACAAUGAUGUUCUUGCUGGUUGUAUUAGUGGCACUACUGAAAUAAUUUCUCAAGUUCGUAACUUGCAUCAUGUUUUAGGUGGUGCUCUGAAUCCUAAUGCUGCAUACUUAAUCAUUCGAGGCAUGAAAACGCUGCAUCUACGUAUAAAGCAACAGAAUUCCACUGCGCAAAGGAUGGCCGAAAUUUUAGAGGCACAUCCUAAGGUGAAACAUGUGUAUUAUCCAGGGUUGAAAAGUCAUCCGGAGCAUGAUACUGCAAAAAAACAGAUGAUUGGUUUUGGUGGUGUUGUUAGUUUUGAGGUGGAUGGAGAUAUCACAACCACCAUUAAGUUUGUUGAUGCUUUAAAGAUCCCAUACAUUGCACCCUCUUUUGGUGGAUGUGAAAGCAUUGUGGAUCAACCAGCCAUUAUGUCUUACUGGGAUCUGAGUCAAGCAGAGAGGGCCAAAUAUGGAAUAAUGGACAAUUUGGUUCGCUUCAGUUUUGGGAUUGAAGAUUUUGAGGAUCUCAAGGCGGAUGUUCUGCAAGCUUUGGAGGCCAUAUAAGCAUGUUUCACCUGCGUGAUUGUUUUUUUUUUUUUUUUUUUUUAU